AUGAAGCUCACAGCUCAACUAUCAAAAGAACUGGGCAUUGGUUUUCGAAACCUAGAAAGACAGGUUGGGCAGCUAGCAACAUCAUUAUCUGAGAGAAUUCCAGGUACUCUUCCCGCUGAUACUGAGAGAAACCCCAAAGAAACAGUUAAUGUUGUAACCUUGAUAAGUGGGCAAGUGUUGAAUGAUCUUACCCCAAUCCAAAAAGAUGUGGAACAUGAAAAAGAAAGUGGGGAGCAGGUGAAAAUUGAUGUUGAUAAGAAGAAGAAAGAAGCGCUCUCACAAAUGCCAGCUAAUGCCAAAUUCUUGAAGGAGAUCCUGACAAAGAAAAGGAAGAUAGAGGAGACCUCAGUGGUCAAGCUCACAGAGCAUUGCAGUGCAAUUUUGCAAAACAAACUCCCACAAAAGUGUGGAGAUCCAGAAACUGGAGAAUAUGAUUGCAGAGAAAAGGUCAGCACCAAUAUCUUUGCAGCUGGCCGACCAAACGACUUUGAUACCCGAGGGGAUAGUAAAGAUGUUUUAGUUCGGGUAGAUAAGUUCGUAUUUCCAGUAGAUUUCAUAGUGGUGAAUAUGGAGAAAAACAAGGAGGUCCCCUUAACCCUAGGAAAAUUAUUCUUAGCAACGGGUAGAGCUAUAUUAGAUAUACACGAGAGAAAGCUCAUGCGUCGAGUGGGUGAGGAGACUGUAACUUUUAAGAUGAACGUAGCAGCUGGGGUGAGAAAGUAG